UCAGUAGGGAAGGAAAGCGGCUUGUGGCUAAAUGCCUUGAUUUACCGAGGGAAGGGAAACAAAGCAAUUACAGAUUUGGGAUAUAAAAUUCAUGCUCCUGAAAUAACUAGAGCUUCGCAGCUGUAAAGAUGUUGGAGGAGGACAUGGAAGUAGCCAUCAAGGUGGUGGUGGUAGGAAAUGGAGCAGUGGGGAAGUCCAGUAUGAUUCAGCGAUACUGCAAAGGAAUUUUUACAAAAGACUACAAAAAAACUAUUGGAGUAGAUUUCCUGGAGAGACAAAUUCAAGUUAAUGAUGAAGAUAUCAGACUGAUGUUGUGGGACACAGCGGGUCAAGAGGAGUUUGAUGCAAUAACUAAGGCCUAUUAUAGAGGAGCCCAGGCUUGUGUCCUUGUAUUUUCUACCACUGACAGGGACUCUUUUGAAACCAUCCCCACCUGGAAAGAGAAAGUAGUGGCUGAAGUGGGAGACAUCCCCACAGUGCUUGUACAGAAUAAGAUUGACCUCCUGGAUGAUUCUUGUAUAAAGAAUGAAGAGGCAGAAGCCCUGGCAAAAAAGUUAAAGUUAAGAUUUUACCGAGCAUCAGUGAAAGAGGACCUAAAUGUAACUGAAGAUUUUCACUUAGAUGUUCAUCCUGGAAAACAAAUUUGCAAGGGAAGAACACAUUGCAGGACUGGGGUCUGUAGUAUCAAACCAGUUUUUAAAUAUUUGGCUGAAAAAUAUCUUCAAAGGCUCAAACAACAAACAGCUGAAGAUCCAGAAGCAGUACAUACAAGCAGUAAUAAAAUUGGUGUUUUUAAUACAGCUGGUGGAAGUCAUUCAGGCCACAAUUCUAGCACACUUAAUGGUGGAGAAGUCAUCAAUCUUAGACCAAACAAACAGAGGACCAAGAAAAACAGAAGUCCUUUUAGCAGUUGCAACAUACCAUAGAACCACUCUUGGAAGGAAAAAGAAUGACAGUUAUCUGGAUCAAGUUGUGCAAUUAAAUAAGGAAUACAGCCAGCUGUAUUUUACCAUGCUCUAGCAAACCUUGCACCUACAGGAUCCUUAAUAGAUGGUGGAUUUAAAUAAUAUUGCCGUUGCAAUGUUUAUUUUGUAUGUAGAGUGAGACCCCUGGUGGCAAAAAAAAAAAAACAUUGUUGCCCUUGUGCGUUUUUUUUUUAAUUGGAUGAGCUUUUCCUGUUUGAAGGAAUGAUGUACAAAGCUGUUAAUAGGUUGGGCUGAAUUAUUGAGCUAAGCAUAUUAAAAAUGUAAGCACAGUGCUUACAAGUAUUAUCAAUACGUUAUAAUAUGACUCAUAGUGAAGUAGCUACCUUCCGAUUAAAUUUACCAGCAAAUUUGAUAGAAGAAUGCUACUUAACCAGGAAUCUGAAAAGUGUAAUGAGCAGGAAAAGACAGACAUCACAAUUGUCAGAUUACACUAAUACAUAUUCUGGCAAUUUUAUUGGUGCAAUAUGUUUGUAUAUUAUAUGAAUGUUAAGUAAGCUGUGCAUAUAUAUAUUUGGUACAUUUAGGCCAUACAAGAGAAUACAGUAUCUGAUUAAAAUAGUACCCUUAAAAUUAUUUUCACUUUUUAAAAUUUUGCAUUUCAAAUUAGGCUUUCCGAAAGAAUUCUGUUCAUAUUAAUUAACUCACUAUACUUUGGGCCUUAAUCUUAAAUUUGAGAAGAGGUGUGCCAAAAACAUUUUUUCCUUUUUAUCUUGCACUACAGAUAUUUUUGCAAACUUUGUGUUGGUCAUAAAGGGUAAAUAGGUAUAUUUUUUUCUAAUACUAUCAGUCACUUAAAAGAAACACAUAACAUUUUAAUUGUAUUUCUGUCCAAAAAUAUAUUGUUCACAUCUAAUAUAGCAUGAACUAGAAAAAAGUAUGCUGGAUUUGCAGAGUGAGGUGUCAGCAACAAAAUGUCAUAAGUUCUAUAGAGAAAUAGGUGUUAGUUGUAUUCUGGCAGAUCCAAUAAAUUAAGCUGAAGACUAAAUCACACAUUCAACUAAUGAGACCCUCUUUAAUGCUGUCUCAUAUUCAGAGUUAUUGUAUAAUUAGAUUUUUUUAAUCAGCAGCAUAUCAGAUCAGUUUUCAGAUGUGACUUAGAGCUUGUCUGUAGGGCACAAUAAUGCACAUUAGAGGGGUAUGAUUUCUAAAGCACUCCAUGUUGCAUCUCAGUCACUCAUAUUCCUGUUGGCAUGAACUAAAAGUUUCCUAGUGCACAUUAACAUAGACAUGUAGUAGACAACUUUUAGUUCAUGCCAGCAAGGUUUUCAUGCACUGGUUAGUGUACAAUACACUGGUGCAUUUUGGAAAUGACACCACUCCAGUAUGCAUUGCCAUGCUAUGUAGACAUUUAGACAUCUAGGUCUAACUGAAAGUCAGUAGAACUUAGGCUUCUAAAUCAUUAAGGUGCUUUUGAAAAAUUUACCCAGCACGCAUUUUAAAAAUAUCCAUUUUGGUUUUGUAUGAUGUUAUAUAAUUUUAAUUUUCUAUAACAAAGCUCUGCCAGCAACAAAUGCAAAAACAUUAUUUUAAGAUAUUCAGAAAUGUAAUAGUUUUUAAAAUGGAUGUAUUAGAGUGCAAAUUACAUGACUUGGAGCUGUAAGUAUUCAGUAUAUAUUGCUACACAGUUCCUAUUAACUGAUUUUCAUUAUACAUUAAUAUGUUAGUUUAAUAGUUAUAGUUUCAGUUUAGUUUUUCAUCAUUUUUCUACUUAUUUUAUUUCCCAAUCCCAUGGGAGAAUGUCUUGUCAAGUAAACAUAUAAUGCAGUAAGUCUGUACUCUUGUUUGUACUUUGUAUGUGUUAGAGGAGGGUUUUACUUUUCAUUAAUUCAUACAAUAAACAUAACUUGUUAAUUUCUGA